AUGAUUUCCUGUGCAAUUCAAUCUCUAAAAGAAAUAUCAAGAAAUUUCUGUGUAAUUAAUGAAGUUUCGGAUGAAUUUGUAAAUUAUGCCAAUAAUAAUUUAGAUGAAAUGGAAUGCGAUGUUAUGCUGGAAUCUAAAUUACCAGAAAUUAGGCGACGUCAGAAAAAAAUAAUGCCCGGAGAAAAAGCUUUGGAUGAAACUACUUCGAAUGCGUUGAAGAAUUUUGAAGUGAAUGUGUAUAAUUUUGCUAUUGACAUGGCUGUUCAAAGCAUGGAAAAUCGUUUUUCAAAAAAUCAGUCAUUUUAUUAUGACAUAGGAUGUCUGGAUCCAAAAAAUUUUACGGAACCUACUCCCAAAAAUGUAAACGACUCAUUUAGAAAAGUCUCAGAAGAUAAUGUAAUUAAUGAUAGUGAUGAUGAUGACAACGACGAUGAUAAUGACAAAACUAUUUCGCCCUCUCAUUGCGGAGCUUGUAAAAAUUGUCCAAUUUGUUGUUAUAAUAUUUUACAACGCUACAAUAUGUUAAGCGGAACAUACGCUACACUUGGACAAGCUUAUAAGUAUUUAUUAACUUUGUCUGUGACUCAAGUGUCCUGUGAACGAAGCUUUUCUAUUUUAAAAUAUAUAAAAAAUAGACUUAGAUCAACCAUGUCUCAAGAAAAUUUAGAUGCAUUUAUGCUGAUGGCAGUGGAAAAAGACUUAUUAAACAGUAUUGAUUCUGACGACGUUAUUAAUCUUGUUGCAAAAAAAAGCAAUUUAUUGUUUGAGAAAUUAAUGUUGUAA